AUUAUUAAUUAUUAAUAAUAAAUCUCGUAACGUAACUGACUGUUGAAACCUUCCCGUCAAGAAAUAAAGUGAGAAAAGCUCAACUGUUCACCAUGUAUGCUCAGUUUGUCUCAGCCUCACAAAUUUCCUUUUUCUAUUCCCUUCACAUUCUUUGAUCCCACUUCCACAAUCUACGACAAUGUCGGUUGCCACUACCACCUCCCCUGCCGUUGGAUCAUUCUGUGUUUCGCGAUCUCGGAGGCGUCUGUCUCCUAUGAGGAUGGCCGUCCGAUCGAACGUCGUUUCAGUGGCUCCGAUCCUCACAAAGUUGCAGAAGGAGUGUGCAACUCCAUUACCUGUCCUUCGCCAGGUGGCGGACGCCAUGACCGCCGAUAUGCGAGCUGGACUCGAGGCUGAUGGUGCUAGUGAUCUGAAGAUGAUACUCAGCUAUGUUGAUAGCUUACCUAGCGGGAAUGAGAAAGGAUUGUUUUAUGCAUUGGAUCUUGGCGGCACAAAUUUUCGGGUGCUAAGAGUGCAAUUAGGUGGGAAGGAAGAGAGAGUUGUUGCCACUGAAUUUGAGCAAGUAUCAAUUCCUCAAGAGCUAAUGUUCGGUACCUCUGAGGAACUUUUUGAUUUUAUUGCCUCUGGACUGGCAAAUUUUGCACAAAAAGAAGGUGGAAAAUUUCACCUGCCACAUGGAAGGGAAAGGGAGAUUGGAUUCACAUUUUCUUUCCCUGUGAAACAAACAUCUGUUGACUCUGGCAUAUUGAUAAAGUGGACCAAGGGUUUUGCAGUCUCUGGAACGGCAGGAAGAGAUGUUGUCGCUUGUCUAAAUGAAGCUAUGAAAAGGCGAGGUUUAGAUAUGAGAGUGUCUGCCCUGGUUAAUGAUACUGUGGGAACUUUAGCAGGAGCAAGAUACUGGGAUAAUGAUGUCAUGGUUGCAGUGAUUUUGGGUACUGGAACCAAUGCUUGCUAUGUAGAAAGGAUAGAUGCUAUUCCAAAACUGCAGGGACCAAAGUCAUCUUCUAGAAGAACAAUUGUUAACACUGAAUGGGGAGCAUUUUCAACUGGCAUUCCUUUGACUGAAUUUGAUAGAGAAAUGGAUGCUGCAAGUAUCAAUCCGGGUGAGCAGAUAUUCGAGAAGACAAUCUCUGGAAUGUAUCUAGGAGAAAUUGCACGACGAGUACUACUGAAGAUGGCUGAAGAGAGUGCUUUGUUUGGCAAAUUUGUGCCAGAAAAACUAUCCACACCUUUUGCACUUUGCACCCCAGAUCUAUGUGCAAUGCAGCAGGACAAUUCUGAUGAUCUUCAAUCUGUUGGAUCAAUCCUAUGCAAUGUUCUUGGGGCUGAAUCCAGCUCAAGUGCAAGAAAGAUUGUAGUAGAGGUUUGUGACACCAUUGUGAAGAGAGGUGGACGCUUAGCUGGUGCAGGAAUUGUGGGAAUUCUGCAAAAGAUGGAAGAGGAUUCAAAAGGUCUCAUAUUUGGGAAGAGAACAGUAGUGGCUAUGGAUGGCGGCUUAUAUGAGCACUAUCCUCAGUACAGAAGAUACUUACAAGAGGCUGUCACAGAAAUUCUGGGCUUGGAAAUUUCAAAGAAUAUAGUUAUAGAGCAUUCGAAAGACGGUUCUGGUAUUGGAGCUGCUCUCUUGGCUGCCACAAAUUCGAAGUAUGAUCAUGAUUAUUAGGUUAACCAACUACCCAAUUGCCAAGACUGCAACUUAUUUCAAGUGUAAUUAAUCUUUGGUCAAAGCACAUUAGUUUUCCUGGUCUCUGUUAUGUAGUUAAACUUGGUUUUGGAGUUGGAAGAAGAAGAAGAAGAAGAAGGAGUUACUGAUUGCCUUUGGGAAUUCAGCUGUAGAAUUGUAAUUGUAAAUGUAAUAAUUGUGAGAUCAAAUCUCCUACUUUAUGCACCAUAUCUUUGUGGUGCAAUUUUGUGCCAUGAAGCAAUAAGGAUGAAGUAGGGCAUUUUUUUUUAUC